GGUUAUAUGAAUAUGUUCUGAACUACAUGCAGACAAGUUGGUUGAACUCUCACAAGUUAUAUGAAGUAACAAGUGGUACUACCAUGUAAUUAGCAUCACUGUAUGCGUCUUAGGAGGAGGAUAUUUGAUUAAAUACUUGAAAACUGUUGCAGCAAACGAACAACAAUUGCAAUGGAAGGAAUGGAUGUUGAGAGUCAACUUCAUGCUUUAGCUCUGCAUAACAGUAUGGAUAUGGCGGGGUACGGGGACAACACCCAUCAAGUUCCGAGCCAGAUGGACCAAUUCACGGUUGUUAAACCAAAGCUGGAACCUGACUCCCUUGAGGAAAGUUGCGGAGGGGCAGUUCGAAAUAGUACGAAGCCACGGACACGGCGGCAUAAACCUAAGGAAGUAUCAGACCUUGUCUGUGGAAUCUGUGGAGACAGGGCUCUUGGGUACAACUUUGACGCUGUCACUUGUGAAUCCUGUAAGGCCUUUUUCAGGAGGAAUGCUCAUAAAUCAAAGGACUUGAAGUGUAGUUUUGAGGGAUGCUGUAAACUUGACCCCCACACGAGGAAGUUUUGCUCAUCAUGCAGACUCAAAAAAUGUCUCAGCAUCGGCAUGAAGAAAGACUGGAUUCUUGAUGACUCUGAACUUGCUAGGCGGAGAGACAGGCGACUGCAGAAGGCUACAGGGACAAAUAGGGCUAAACAACGAGACAGUAUUGAAAGUCCUUCAUCGACCAUGUGUUCUCCACCAUUCGGCUCAGGAUCAUACAGCCCUCCUAGUUCCACAGGCGUUGAGAGUAUGUGUGCAGACAGUACAAUAUUCCACCAAGCCCCCAUGGAGAACCCUUAUAUGCUACAAGCCCCUACCCAGUCACAGUCCCACCAACAGCAGCACAAUAUCUCCACAAGUCUACCUAUGGAUACGGCUACCAGCACUAGCUGCAGCUCCCUAUCACCUCCUCCACCAACGACAAACAUACCUGCUGCCAAAGCACCAUCUCCAGACCUCACUCCCCAGGACUACAUGGGCGAUGCAUCUCAAACUGAACUAAAAACAGUCCUCGAUGCAUUCCUGGAGUCCCAGUUACCUCAACAUACCCGACAAUUACUCCCAGAGGAAAAUGCCCGCCUAGACACUCUGGUCAAGGGAUACUACUCCGUGUUUGAUCUACCAUAUAAGGAGCAAGAAACGAAGAAUUUUAAACCGAUGCCGUCAAGUUCAACGGAGAUGUUUAACAUGACAGAUGUGUUCAUUCGACGCUUGAUUAAAUUUGCCAAGGCAAUUCCAGAGUUCAAGAUGCUAGAUCAGGAAGACCAGAUAACCUUGCUGAAGGGAAGUGUCAUGGCAGUUAUGAUAAUGCGAGGAGCGCACAAGUUUGAUGCUCAGGUCAAUGGAUGGCAGUACAAAGACUCUGCUGGCACUAAGACCUUGCCAGGUAUGCCUGUUAUGAACCCUGGAUGUCCUGACUUAUUUAAAUCAAUCCGUGAGUUUGCGACAACACUAGCCUCUUUAACAAAUGGAGAUAUGAAGAUCAUUAUUCUUUUAUAUGCUCUCGAGUUAUUCUCACCUGAUCGUGUGAAUGUUAAGAAUAAAACUGGGAUUUAUCAGGCACAGGAGACCUAUUCACAACUUUUGCAGAAAUAUUUAUUGUUUAUAUUGCCUGAACAUGAAGCGAAACAGAUUUACCCAAAAAUCUUAAUGUUACUGGUGGAUUUAAGAGCUCUGGCUGACAAGAAUGAACAAUCAGCGUCUCAAGUUGAUAUGACAAAGAUGGAACCUCUUCUCUUGGAAAUAUUUAACUUGAGAUAAAAGACCAUUGGAUUCAUGUGUUAUUUUAUUACUGUUAUGUACUCCUAUUCAUUGUUGCGGAAUGAAGCUCAAGUAUUAAUACAUGUAUAGAAGUUGAACGUGUACAUAUAUACAUAUGUACAAAUAUUUGCUCCAAAAAUGCCAGGUCUAUAGUCAUAUAUAUAAGGAAUGAAUGGCUUUGGAAAGAAAAGAUGAUAACCAUAUAUGUAUGGUGGAUUUGAGUGAAUUUCUAGCUGUAUGUCCACAGCUGUAUUAAGCUGGUCAUUUGGGCAGUGUCCAGCGAAUUUUGGAUAUAGAUUAGCCAAUCUCAAACUGUUCCAUAUGCUACUGUUCUUGCUACGAUACUGUAGAGUACCAUAAAAUAUGGUACCAUACAGACUGGGUUAUACCAGCUGGUGCAUCAUUCAAUGUUGACCAGUACAUUUCAAAUUUUAUGACAUGCCCAAAUUAGGAGCUAUACAGUCAUAUGCUAAUCUUACAAGCAAAAACAAGGUAUUUAUUUGAAUAUUGUCACGGGUUUAGAUGGUUGAUGUUUAUGAAAAAAAGUAUAAAAAUAUAUAGCAUAAUGUCCUGUGGAUGGUCUGUAUAUGUAUUAUAAUAUAGAAAAUAACUAGCUGAUUGUCAUGAGAAAAUUGUAUAUAUACAGCUUAGUGCUGUCUUUUAGUGAUAAACUUUAUGACCCAGGGACAUAUUUUACCUCAAUUUUAACCCGGGUAAAUCAUUGAUUGUAAUAUUGCAUCACUGCUUUUAGGCAAUGUCUAUAUAGUCAUUGUAUGAUAUUUACGCUCAUGUUUAGUCAACUUUGAUUUAGUUUAGAAUGUGAAGAAUUUGAUAUGAGGUAUUAUUACUCUUUUUAGACACUGCAGUUAAAGCAUGGCUAAGCCUGCAUUUGCGAAAACAACAAUCGGCUAUUAGCUGCUUGUUUGACCUCUAAUUCAUAAGUUAUUUGCAUAAAUUAAACUCGUCAUUUUGAAGUGAAAAUGAACAACCCGUUAUUGUUGAUAGAUGAACAAACUCGUCAAAUGGACAACCAGUUAUUGUUUAUAGUUGCAUACGCGAUGCAGCCUUACUGUGGUUUGAAAGUAGUCUGACUAUCAGAUGUAAAUUUCAAAAACUUCAAUGAAAUCAACAGACAAACUAUAGGCAAUUUUGAGCACAUGUUCUGUGUAUAUUUUAUUGUCCACUUGUAGAAAUAUAUUUUAUAAAUUAUUUUAUUUAGCACCUUAUCAACUGAAGCAGAUGUAAUAUUCAUUUUGGCUGAAUGUACUAUAUGAUAAAUGGUCUCAGGGAGCAAUCAUGGAAUCAAAUCACAUUUCAGCACAAUAUGUAAUCAUCUUUUCAUUUCAUUUGAGUUACAUAUCUCACACAGACACCAUAGGGCACAUACCUGUGGUAGGGUAAUGUAACUUGAUAUCCUAAGGUAGAAACAGCUCCCGUAUUAAUCUGACAGGAACUGGUAUCUUUAUCCUGGCUAGGAC